AUGUCUUCGACUCUCUUCCGCACUAGUCCCGCACUGCGGGGUGCCCUCCGAGCUUCCGGAGCUCCCAAGGUUGCCGGUGCCAUGGCCGGCAUUGGCUUCGUUCGGGGAAAGGCUACACUUCCAGACCUUCCGUAUGACUACGGGGCCCUUGAGCCGCAUAUCUCGGGCAAAAUCAUGGAGUUGCACCACUCCAAGCACCACCAGACCUACGUCAACGGUCUCAACAGCGCGGUACAAACUAUUAAGGAGGCCGAGAGCAAAGGGGACUUCACCAAGGCAGCGACCGUUGCGCCCCUCCUUAACUUCCAUGGCGGCGGACACAUCAACCACACCCUUUUCUGGGAGAACCUGGCCCCAGCCAGCCGCGAGGGUGGUGGUGAUCCCUCUGGUGCUCUGCAGAAAGCCAUCGUCGCGGACUUUGGUUCCGUCGACAGCUUCCGCAAGCAGAUGGACGCCGCUCUCGCCGGUAUCCAGGGUAGCGGCUGGGCUUGGCUCGUCAAAGACAAGACUGCCGGCAAUCUCAACAUCGUUACGCGUGCGAACCAGGAUCCGGUCUCUGGCCCCUACGUCCCGCUGCUGGGCAUCGAUGCUUGGGAACACGCAUACUACCUCCAAUACCAGAACCGAAAGGCCGAAUACUUCGAGGCUAUCUGGAACGUUAUCAACUGGAAGACGGUUGAGAGCCGGUUCGAGAAACCUUGA